AAAACAAAUUAAACUUGAGAAGAAAAAAAGGCCUGCAAAGGGACAUUGUACCUUAAAUUAAAAGAUUGAAGUUUCAUGUAGUUUCUUUUUCAUCAUCCAUUGAACUGAACCUUAAAUUAAUUAUAGAACCAUGUUUGCAACUACCAAUUCCUCCACUUUGUCACCUUUAUUCUCUUUCAGUAGAACAACAGCAACCUCUCUGCCUUCCAAACCCACAUUCUGGAAUUUGGUUCCAAUGAAACAAUCUUCUUCUCCGGGGCACUUGGCCUUAGCCUUAGACAAUCCACGUAGAACACUUCACGUGUCUUGUGGCUCCACAUCACCACAUGCUUCCCAGAGAUCAUCAAUUCAGGGGGGUGAAGCUUUUUUCAGGGGUGUGUUGGAAAGUAUGCAAUCUGUUUACUUGAACAGAAAUCGUACUGCUAAGGCCAUAUUGGACCUUGUUCACUCUGCUGAGAAUAACUCAUUAUGCUAUGAUCAUCUUGCAUUCAGGACAUUUGGGGUGAAUGGUUAUGGAAUUGAUUCCAUGGCUAGUUUUUUUCUGGAUUAUGGCUAUACACAAAGGGAAGAGUUGAGGUUUCCAGCCAAAAAGUUGAGGGCUUUGUGGUUUUCUCCUCCUGCUGAUUCACUGGCUAGCAAUGGCAGUGGCAUUAAUGGGCCUUUGCCAAGAAUAUUUAUAUCAGAGCUACUGGUAGAUCAAAUGAGUCCACAAACUCAGGAAAUAAUUAAAAAAUACACCGAAUCAUCUGUGGAUGGAAACAAGUAUGCAGCACUUGCAAGUUCCCUUGGACAUUUAACAUGGGAAAAGCCCUUAUAUUCUGAGUUUCAACAAUUGGCAAGUGAAAGUGAGUAUGCUGCCUGGACCCUAGUCAACGGGUAUGCACUAAACCAUGUUACUAUAUCCACUCAUCGGCUGAAAACUCAUUUGAAGGAGAUAAAAAAACUAAAUCAGUUUAUUAAGGAUAGUGGAUUCAGAUUGAAUUCUGAAGGAGGAGUGCUGAAAGUGAGCCCUGAUGGUCUUCUCCAGCAAAGCUCAACUGUAGCAGAUUCAAUUUCUUUCAAAUUUUCUGAUGGUAUAACUGAAUCAGUUCCAUGCUCAUACAUUGAAUUUGCUGAGCGACUGGUGCUGCCGCAGUAUAAAAAUUUACCUGACACAGAGGUUAAAGAGUUCCAUAGAAGAGAUGGUUUUGAGGUAGCAAGUGCUGACAAGAUAUUUGAAAGCACAUCCAAGGAGCAGUUGAGCAGAGUAGGCUCAUAAGAGGCUCAUCUCACUCCAUACCAAGAAUGUGUAUACUUUAUUUCCCUUGGGGAAAUAUAUUACAAUUUAUACCCAGUUGUAUUCUGGAAGUUUGGAUUUCAUACAAUUCCAAUCAUGUGGAUGUUGCAUCAAUAAUUUGGGUUGAUUAAUUUCAAAAAAAAUAAUUAACUCAAACACAAACAUAAAAUAAUCGUAAGGGAUUUGUCUAGCAGCACAAUAUAGAGUCUCAGAUUUUACAUGCAAGUUCGAGAUUCUCCCUUGUCUUCUUGCAGUGAGAUAAAUAUAAGUGCAUUUGUAAGUGUUUUUUAGUCGGAA